AUGAACUCACUACCACUAACAGAGAAAAAGGGAACUCCUGCUUCUCCAGCUGUAGCUUUGGCAAUCAGAGUUUUACCGGUACCGGGAGCUCCAGAAAGAAUAGCUCCACGAGGAAUCUUAGCACCUAAAGCUUCAUAUUUCUUAGGAUCCUUCAAAAACUUGACAAAUUCCAGAAUCUCCUCUUUAGCCUCGUCCAUUCCAGCCACAUCUUCAAACUUGACCUUGACAUCUGUCAUGGAGUUGUAUAAAUGGGCUCUACUCUGGCCCAUGCCGAAUAUACCACCCCCGGGUCCACCAACACCACCAGCUUUAGCUCCUCCCAUAGCACGUCUAUUCAUCCAUAAUAGAAAUCCUAAUAACAAGAAAGUAGGAAUGAAGCCGGCAAAAGACGACAGCAUACUUCCUUCCUCGGUAUAUGUAACAGGAACUCGUUCAUGA